UUAGACUCUGAGGUUAUGUAAUGUCAGAAGUGUCAUGUCGUAACAAAACAUAACCUAAAACUUUAAUUUCCAUAAAAUUCUAUGUUUUUAAGUUGAAAAAUACACCAAAUUAUCAUAUUUUUUACAAAUGUUCAGACACAUCAUUAAUGAUGGUCUCCGUUAUAGUUUUCUGGCAUUGCCCAGUUUAUUUGGAGAUGAUAGACUGACUAAUGAAACUGAAACAGAACGAAAGGCAGAUAAGGUUUCAGUUAAAGAAGAAACUGGAUGGGACAGAUUAGUACGGAUGUAUCAAGUCGACGAAUUCGGGAAUAUUAGUUAUGAAGCGAACAGCAUUCUACAAGUAAUGGCAGGUAGUAUUUUUGUUGGAGCAGCGUAUGGUGGAUUGGUUGGGAGUAGAGGAGCUUACCAGGAGUUCAUGCAAAGCCAGAAUGCUUUGAAAUUUGAAAGUCACUUAGAGGCAAAGAAAAUGUUGCAAAAUAAAGUAACAAUUGCUUUUGGAAAAUCAGCGUUUAGGUGGAGUUGGAGGUUGGCACUGUUUUGUACAUCUUUUGCGGCCAUAUCAACAACCAUUCAAGUAUACAGAGGAAAAUACGGUAUUAUGGAAUAUGUAGCUGCAGGUAGUUUAACAGGGACUUUGUAUAAAUUCAACAUGGGCCCUCGAGGUUGGCUUGUAGGAGGCGGAUUAGGUUCUGUUUUGGGAUUAUUCUGUGGUGGAAUGACCUUAGCAAUAUUGAAGAUAACUGGUGUAUCUAUGGAAGAAGCACGAUAUUGGCAGUAUCAGUGGAAGCAAUAUCGAUCGGAAUAUUUCAGAAAAGGCAUGGCCGAUUAUUUGGAGAAAGAAGAUUAUGCUGUAGUUAAAUUACAUAAUGAUAGUGUAGGCGAAGCUGGCAAAGAUAUUGCUAAUUUAGAUAAGGAACCAGCGAGCAAAAAUACUAAAUAGUAAUUUUAAGACAAUAAAUUAUUUAUAGUAUUA